AUGUCACAGAUAAUAACUGAGCCAGAUGAUGAUGUAGGAUCAGGCUUUAAUCCACAAAUUCAGCAUGUCCACAAUAAUGCUCUAAAAAAAAGCCCUCGCAAGUGUCCCCCAAGCACAAGUUAUGGACGACACUUCUGUUGGGUAAUCCAUCCAUUCUCCAAUAUUCGAGCUCUCUUGCUUAAUGGGCUUCUUCAAAUGAGCGAAGACCAACCUCUGGAGGAACUUUCUGUUGAGGAGCAUCGAGAAGAUGAAGUCUUCAAGACUUUAUUGAACAUGAUUCCAGGCUUCAAGGAUCAGCUUACCAGUGCUUCAAUCUCAGAAGAUGACAUUGAAGCUAUCAGCGAACUAAUCCAGAAAGGCUGCUCUGGAGCUCAAUCUGAUGACACCAAGGCCCUCAAAGUUACUGGCCAGCUACUCUGUCCAGCGAGCCUCGAUUGGAAUGACUUAGAUACAGACCCCUGGAAGGGCUUGCUCCAUAAUAAUCUUCUUGUCUUGGCUUAUAAAUACAUAUUUCUAUCUCCAUCAUCUGUCAAUUCCAACACUGAGGCCUAUGCCACUCGCUCUUCAAAUGCCCACUUGCAUGCUACACAAGUUUGUUUUGCAUUUUUAAUCCAAUUGGUUUUCUCUUGUACCGACACUAUCACUGACUCCGAGUGGUUUUUUAAUAGCAUCUUGGGUCUUCUCCAAGAUCCCGAUGAGAUUGAGGAGGUCAAUGACCUCAUUGCUUGGUGGAAUCAAAUCAGACAUCAUUCUUACGCUGUUGGCGAGAAUGACCUACUUAAUCUAGCCAUCUCCCCCUCUCUUGGACAAAUCAUUAACCUGCUCUAUGACAUAGGCCAAUCCAAAGAUUCACUUAUACAAGCUUAUGUAUCUGGAGGAGUGGAGAUCAGUGAGAUUACAAAACCGAGCUCUGCACUCACUGUGUGGGCCAUCAAUCAUAUCACCACCAUAAUAACAACUGAAGCAACUGUUAUAAUAUCAAAGCAGGCUGGGUUGCAGGACUCACAGCACUAUUCUGAACAUCAAAACCGUCCACAGACUCUAGAUGUUAUUGAUUGUAUCCUGGAACUUACCUUUGUUCGCUCAAAAUGGGUCAAUUAUACUGCACUAUGCAGGGGCCUCUACCUAUUCACUACCAAAGCCCAUAGGUCCCAUUUCCGUAUUGAAAGCCGCUUGGGGCGCUCAGUAGUAUACAACACACUUUGGGCUGCUACUCAAGCCAACUCCAGGAGGUUCUUCAGUGUAGUGGGCAACAAUGUGCAAGCAUUUGUGAGAAAGCUAGAUAACCGAAUAGGGCUGGAAAGCCGUAUGGUGAAGGGAUUUGCAGGCAUGAAGGAUGCUGUGGUAGAUCUAUUAAAAACACAAAUGAAUCUUGAUGCUGAGGAAUUGAACAACCAUGUGAUGGUGUUCAGCAAGGAUGGCAAGACAUUUGAUCAGCUUCAAAAGCUAAAAAGAGCCAACAACCAGAUGGUAGCAGGAGAAAGGAGAGAGGGAGAACAAGAUAGGGGAGGUGAAGAGGAUGAGGGAGCUAGUGAUGAAGCUAGUGUUCUAUCAGACUUGAUGACAAAUACACUGUGGUGGCGUGAAGUACAGUGUGCCAUAGCAACUGGUGAUACUGGAAGAGUCUGUGAGAUUCUCAAGGAUCGGGAAAUCCAUAUUAUUUGCAUUAUCUUUUUGAACUUUACUGCUCCUUCAAGUGGGAGUUUCCAGCAAAAUUGA